UAACCUUGAGCCUAAGAGAGAUGUUGGUCUUACAAGACCUCAACCCUUAUAAUCUUGUGGAAAAUAUGCAUUUGGUCCUCACAUGUCCUCAUAUGAAGACCUUAGGAGAGCAUGACUCGACUAGUUGUACCCACCGUUUCAUUUUAGGGUCAAUAUCAGCAAUCCAUCGAUAAACCUAGAAACGAAAUUGUGAAAAUCAUGACCCUUACAAUAAGUUGGUCCCAAAGUUUUUCCUUUUUGACUCCUUUCAUCUCUGCAAGUAUCGAAAGCACCAAAAUUUAAAGUGAGUUGUAUGAAAAAUAUGUCACAAAAGAAAGUGGAUUAUAAAGUUUCUUUCUUUUACUUUAAUUUUCUUUACUUAAUAUUAUCAAAUAAUCUCUUACACACCUUCCACUUCUUUUCUUAGUUCAUAAGAAAAAAAGUCGAUUAAAUUUGAAAACCUACGCUCGUAAUUCACACCCAUACACAAAGAUGUAUGUGACAAGACCUCUUUCCAUGUACAGGAAAUCGCCAAGCACCCUUUCCCUUCAUCCACCCGAUGCUCCACAUUCAGGUUUCUUGGUGAUUACAGAUGAAGAUGCAGAAGCGCACGACGCGUCUUGCUGGGGCCUAUGCAAGCGCAGAAAGGUAUCGAAACUGCCGUUCCCACAGGACAAGAUACUGACCAUAGUUUACACGUCGGAGUUCCAAGAGGCGACGAAGACCAAGGUCUGGUUCAUCCCGGUUCUUGAUCAGCCUCUAUCGUCUCGUUGCUACUAUGUCAUCAAAGCAAGUGGCAGGCACAAAGGGAAAGCUUACAGAUGUGCUAGAGAGAGGGACAUCGUGAAGUGCUGCUUUAACGACUUCUUGGGAGACAAGAAACCAAGGGUUUUAAAUUUUAGAGACAUAUACCAACAAGUUAAGAUUCAUCGCUUCGAAGGUGGUGGGUUUUUCGCAAGGGCUGUAGCUCCCGACGGCGUUCCCCCAAAAUUCCUCAAUAAAAAAGGAUGGAAAGUUCGCAGCUCGAGUAUGUAUCGUUCACAACUAGGUGAAGCUUUAGGCCUUGACGCCUCGCUCCGUUCACGUCUUCCGGACUUCAAUUUUACCGUCUUUCAAAAGCGCUCGCGUACUAGCACUGUGGGGAGCUGGUACUGUCCAUUUGUGUUUGUAAGAGAGAGAGCAACCAUAAGACAGCAGAUGAAGAAGUCGAAGUACUACAGGGUGACUUUUGAGCAAUGGUGGGAAGAGAUAUACUCUUGUGGGAACGUUAACCGUGAAGGGAACGUUGUGAACGUGAGCGUAGAUGUGCAAAGGGAAGUGGCUAUGGUAUCUGCCAUGCAAGCCGUGAAGGAUGAUAGGAACGGACGAACAGGGUUCACCUGGUACAAAGCCCAUAACCCAUACAGCAAGAAAGUGGUGAGUGUAGGUUUGAGCUCGGCAAUUGUUCAGAAUAUGAGAUGGGUUUUGGAGGCAGGAGGGUGGGUAAGUGGGGGUGAUGAAAUGGAUGUGAGAGUAGAGAAGGCAGAAGAGAUUACAAGUGCAACUCGGUGGAGGAAGUUUGGGUGUUACGUGUUGGUGGAGAGCUUCUCUUUGAAGAGAAUGGAUGGAAGCUUUGUAUGGAGAUCCGAUUUUAGGCACACCGAUAAGAUUCGAUGUAAAUGGGAAUAAGGUUUCCAUUAAGAUUCUCCGUCAAUGAACAAAAAAACGAUGGAUCCUCAUAUGUUUUCUCUUUACUGUUCCUCUGUAGCAACGGUGUAUCCUCGCAUGUAUUCGCUUUACGGUUCAUAUGAAGGAUGUAAAUUUCCAAUGCUAUGAAGUACGAAGUUAUGAAAUUUUCAAAAUCAA